UUAUGCUGACCUAGAUCACGUGAUCCGCUCCAUGCUGACUGGGGUGGGUGCAUGGAGGGGACGUGAAAACUGUGAACAACAAAUUUCCAGACGUUUUCCUGUCAGAAACAGCCCGCUUCCAGACGUAGCUGCCAGCUUUUCGGCUUUCUAGGACUCUCUAGGAUCUCACCAUGGCGAGCGUUUCCUACCAUAUCUCCAGCUUGCUGGAGAAAAUGACAUCCAGUGACAAGGAUUUCCGGUUCAUGGCCACCAACGACCUGAUGACAGAGCUGCAGAAGGACUCCAUUAAACUGGACGAUGACUCUGAGAGGAAGGUGGUGAAGAUGCUGCUGAAGCUUCUUGAAGACAAGAAUGGAGAAGUGCAGAACCUGGCGGUCAAGUGUCUCGGGCCACUGGUCAACAAGGUCAAAGAGUAUCAGGUAGAGACAAUUGUGGACACGCUGUGUUCUAACAUGGUGUCGGAUAAGGAACAGUUACGCGACAUCUCCAGCAUCGGACUGAAGACGGUAAUCAGCGAGCUGCCGCCCUCCUCCAACGCACUGGCAGCCUCCAUCUGUAAACGCAUCACAGGCCGGCUGACCAGCGCCAUAGCAAAGCAGGAGGACGUGUCUGUCCAGCUGGAGGCUCUGGACAUCCUGGGGGACCUGCUCAGCCGCUUCGGCAGCCUGCUGGUCAGCUUCCACCCCUCCAUCCAGGCCUGCCUCCUGCCACAGCUCACCAGUCCCAGGCUGGCCGUCAGGAAGAGAGCCAUCAUCGCUAUCAGUUACCUUGUGCUAAGCUCCAAUAACCAGCUGUUUAUGGAGCUGAUGGACCACCUGCUGACGGAGCUGGGGAAGAACAGCUCCACGUCCACGACUCGCACGUACAUCCAGUGUACCGGCGCGAUCAGCCGCGCCGCCGGGCACCGCGUGGGCGAACACCUGGAGCGCAUCAUCCCGCUCAUCGUCAAGUUCUGCCAGGUAGAGGAUGAUGACGAGCUGCGUGAGUACUGUAUCCAGGCGUUCGAGUCGUUUGUGCGGCGCUGUCCGAAGGAAGUCUCGCCCCACGUGCCGACCAUCAUCGCGCUCUGCCUACAGUACAUCUGCUAUGAUCCCAACUACAACUACGAGAGCGACGAAGAGGAUGCGAUGGAUGCUGAGGAUGAGGAUGAGGAGGGGGAGAGCGAUGAUGAGUACAGCGACGAUGACGACAUGUCCUGGAAGGUCCGCCGCGCCUCCGCCAAGUGUCUGGACGCCAUCUUGGGUUCCCGGCGCGAGAUGGUCGGAGAGUUCUACAAGACCGUGUCUCCAGCUCUCAUUGCCAGGUUCAAGGAGCGAGAGGAGAACGUGAAGUCUGACAUUUUCCACGCCUACAUCACCCUGCUGAAGUCCACCAAACCUGCCGCGCUCACCACAGUCGACCCUGAUGCCAUGGACCAGGAGGAGGGGCCCAUCGCCAUGUUGCAGUCCCAGGUCCCCAGCAUCAUCAAGGCUCUGCACAGGCAGCUGAAGGAGAAGAGCAUCAAGACUAGACAGGGGUGCUUCGCUCUGCUGACCGAGCUUGUGUCGGUUCUUCCCGGCGCACUGAGCGACCACAUUCCCGCGCUGAUCCCCGGGAUCCAGUUCUCGCUCUCCGACAAGAACACCAGCUCCAACAUGAAGAUCGACACGCUGGCGUUCCUGAACUGCCUGUUGACACACCACCCGCCACAGGUCUUCCACCCGCACAUCCCAAUACUGGUCCCCCUAGUGGUACAUGCCGUUGCCGACCCAUUCUACAAGAUCACGUCAGAAGCCCUGCUGGUGACACAGAACAUCGUGAAGGUGAUCCGCCCGCUGGACAGUCCCACGCAGUACGACUUCCGGCCGUACGUCGGGGACCUGUACAAGUCAACACUGAACAGGCUGAUGGCAGCAGACAUAGACCAGGAAGUGAAGGAGCGUGCCAUCACCUGUAUGGGUCAGAUCAUCUGUAACCUUGGCGACAACCUCACUACGGAGCUGCAGACGUGCCUCCCCAUCUUCCUGGACCGCCUCCGCAACGAGAUCACGCGUCUCACGGCAGUCAAGGCGCUCACGAUGAUCGCAGGUUCGCCACUGAAGAUUGACCUCCGACCCAUCCUUGGUGAGGCGAUGCCCAUCCUGGCGUCGUUCCUGCGUAAGAACCACCGGGCGCUGAGGCUGAGCACGCUCACCACGCUCGACGUCCUCAUCACAAACUAUGGCAACGCCAUCACACAGGACAUGCUCAACGGAGUUCUGGCAGAGGUUCCACCGCUCAUCAGCGAGAACGACCUUCACGUGUCCCAGCUCACCAUCAACCUGCUGACCUCCAUGUCACGGGUUCAUAGGUCAUCCCUCGCCAAGAUCGGAGAGUCCAUCCUCCCCGAGCUGUUCGUGUUGGUGCGAUCACCGCUGCUACAAGGUGCUGCGCUGACGGCGAUGCUUGACUUUUUCCAAGCCCUGGUGUCCUCAGGAACCCCAAAGAUGGGUUUCCGAGAUCUUCUGCAGUACCUGACAACCCCCAUAUACAGCCCCACGCCCAGCACGCAGCCCCCUAACGCAACCUUCGCUGUUCACAAGCAGGCCUUUCACUCCAUCGCUAAGUGCGUCGCCGCUCUCACGAUCACUUGCGCUCACGAGGGCGCCGGGGUCGUGAACCAGUUCGUCAACGACGUCAAGAACCCCAAAUCCACGGACUCGAUCCACUUAUUCUCCCUUCUCGCGCUCGGCGAGAUCGGAAAGCACGUCGAUCUAAGCAACCAAUCGGAGCUGAUGGGCGUGAUACUGGACUCGUUUUCCUCCCACAGCGAGGAAGUUAAGUCAGCUGCCUCGUACGCUCUAGGUAACGUUAGCAUCGGCAACCUGCCGAAGUAUCUCCCCUUCGUUCUACAAGAGAUCGAGGGCCAGCCGCGGCGGCAGUACCUCCUCCUCCACUCCCUGAAGGAGAUCCUCUCCUGCCAGGCUACGAGCCCGUCGGGCGUCGAGGCGCUCAAGCCCUUCAUCGGCAACAUCUGGUCGAUGCUGUUCAAGCACUGCGAGUGCGCGGAGGAGGGCACGCGGAAUGUGGUGGCGGAAUGCCUCGGGAAGCUCACGCUCAUGGAUCCGGUCGCGCUGCUCCCCAAGCUGAAGGGGUACCUGGACUCGGGGUCGGGUUACACGCGUUCCACGGUCGUCACGGCGAUCAAGUUCACCAUAUCGGACCAGCCGCAGUCCAUCGACUCGCUGCUGAGGGGCUGCAUCGGAGACUUCCUGAAGACGCUGCAGGACCCUGACCUGAACGUGAGAAGGGUAUCGCUGGUCGCCUUCAACUCAGCAGCUCACAACAAGCCGUCUCUGAUCCGUGACCUGUUGGACCAUGUCCUGCCCCACCUGUACAACGAGACGAAGGUGCGUAAGGAGUUGAUCAGGGAGGUGGAGAUGGGGCCCUUCAAGCACACGGUGGACGAUGGACUGGACAUUAGGAAAGCAGCGUUUGAGUGCAUGUACACCCUGCUGGACUCCUGUUUGGACCGGCUGGACAUUUUUGAGUUCCUGAAUCAUGUGGAAGAUGGACUGAAGGACCAUUACGACAUCAAGAUGCUCACUUAUCUCAUGCUGGUGCGGUUAUCCACCUUGUGUCCCCAUGCGGUACUGCAGCGGCUUGACCGGCUCAUCGAGCCCCUCCGCGCGACCUGCACCACCAAGGUCAAGGCCAACUCCGUCAAGCAGGAGUUCGAGAAGCAGGACGAGCUGAAGCGGUCCGCCAUGCGCGCCGUCGCCGCCCUGCUAGCCAUCCCCGAUGCGGACAAGAGCCCCCUGAUGAUGGACUUUCUGUCUCAGAUCCGCGCCAGUCCCGAGAUGGCCACCAUGUUCGAUAGUAUCCAAAAGGACGCCAGCUCCUCCAGCAUAGAGACCAUGGACACCAGUUAGAUGUGGAGACGCUGGCUUUUUUUUUCAUUUGUACGCGAAAAUGUGCAUUACUUGACUGAAGUUCAUCUGUGUUGGUAGAAGUCAUUCUUGAAGUAGUUGAAGUGUAAUUUCCAGCACAAAUAUUGGGCUCACCCAACUUUUCAACUGAACAGCUCCAGUCUUUGUCUACAACAAAGACUGGAGCUGUUCAGUCAAAAAUUUGCAAACACUGUUCAGGGGAAAAGUUGGGUGAGUUCAAUUUUUGUGUUGGCUAUCAGAGUUCAACUACUUCAAGAAUGUGCAUUACUCUUGUAAGAUUUAAAAUAAUUCCUAAACUCGGACCCUUCUAGGAUGACAAUGUUUAGUUCUUUGUACCCAAGCAAGGAGUUGAUACCUGACUGAUGUUUCGGUAUCUACCUGGUUUUGCACAAAGAACCUUAUUGUCCUGGAAUUUGCCAACCUGAUGAAACUUUUCAAGGUUGAAUUCAUGUAGGAAAGAUGUUUCGUAGGAGUCUUUGUACAGAAAAUGUACAUUUUUACUUCAGGCUAUGCCAACAACAUUGUGUGUUUCUUGGAAUUUAAAAGGUGAAAAAUGCUAAGAUGAAGCGUGUACGUACAUAUAACGAACCACUGAGUCCUUUGAAACAAGUAUGUUUAACUUUUCAUUAAACUUUUUGCUUUAUGGUGUCUAGGAAACAUUUAAUUUUGUUGGCAUGGCCUUAGUUGAAAAUGUGCGUCAUUUGUGCAAGAUUCCUGAAUUUAAACCCUUGUUGGAAACUGUUGUGACUUGUUUGAAGCUGAUUGCACGAGGAAUCAGCUUUCAGAAAUCAAAGUUUACGAGGACCUCAGUCGUUAACACAGAUAUAGGAGGAGUCUGUUUAUAGUGAUAGUUUGGUGGGAUCGAGGGAAGUAAAAAGAAAAUUGUAAAUUUUUCAUGAGGUGUAACUUUGGUGGACACACACAGCAGCUGUAGAAGUAAGCGUUUGAUGAAAUCUACAUGUAAGUAGCAUGUUCAAAUGUAUUUUCACCGAUGAAGCUGAACGUUUCUUGCUUAAAGCAAUGUCUGAGAUUUGAAUAUUACAUUUCGCCGCCACACGUGUAGAUGUGGAGAAAAACUGUUGUAUCACUCUGAAGUUCAGGCUUGUACUGGCAACUGAUGUUUGACAAAAAUGUAUUGCUCAGAAAUCCUCCACAUGCAAUGAAAUAGGUGGGACCUGACAUGGAAAAUAUUAAAAAUUUCAGUAUACCUUACCAUAUAACUAUAGACAAGAGUUGUACAUGGUAAGAUUUUUUCUAACUGGGGUGUAGAAAGCACUUUAGAGCUUGCAAAAGCAUUGUUGAAGUUGUCCCUCUUGUAAGACAGAUGUCAGACUUACUGUAGAUGAAACGCAUGCAUUAAAACCUGUCAGAUUGCCUAA